CUGCUAAUGGUUCUGUUGUUAAUUUAGCUCAGCCAUCAGAAUAACUGAAGUCCAAAUAUGCAAACAGCUUCACAUUGUUACUCAGUAUUUUACCUUUCAAACAGAAGAAGUUGUGUAAAACACAAUGGGUUUAUGAAGAUUAAUAUCCCGAAUACGGGUUCACUGCGAUUAAAUGCAAGAGUUUCGUCUUGUAAAUUUCAAGGACCUGCUCGAGGGAUAAGAUUAUUUGCAAUUCCGAACUCUGAUGACGGUCACCUGACUAGUGCAAUGCUGGAAGAAGAUACAACUAUGAACAAAGUGCAGAAUUCGGAAGCAAAUUCCUUCUUGAGCAAUUGGUCGCCUCCCCGGUACCUUUGGAGGGGAUUAUCAGUUCUUGUGUUGGCAGGCCAGGUAAUAACUAGGAUUAUAAAAGGGAAAGUGCACUGGAGAAACACUCUCCAGCAGCUCGAGAGAGUUGGCCCACGAUCUGUUGGGGUCUGUCUUUUGACGGCAGCUUUUGUUGGUAUGGCAUUUACUAUCCAAUUUGUUAGGGAAUUUACUAGAUUGGGUUUGAAUAGAUCUGUGGGUGGCGUCUUAGCUCUGGCAUUUUCAAGGGAGCUUAGUCCUGUAGUGACAUCAAUUGUGGUUGCUGGGAGAAUUGGAAGUGCAUUUGCAGCAGAGUUGGGCACAAUGCAGGUCUCUGAGCAAACUGACACGCUUAGAGUUCUUGGUUCCGACCCUGUUGAUUACUUGGUCACCCCCAGAGUAAUUGCUUCCUGUGUUGCGCUACCAUUUUUGACAUUGAUGUGUUUCACUGUGGGGAUGGCAUCCAGUGCCCUACUUUCUGAUGGUGUUUAUGGAAUUAGCAUUAACAUUAUCUUGGAUUCAGCCCACAGAGCACUUAGAUCAUGGGAUAUAAUCAGUGCAAUGAUUAAAUCACAAGUUUUUGGUGCCAUCAUAUCUAUCGUGAGCUGUGCCUGGGGUGUUACCACUUUGGGAGGUGCAAAAGGUGUUGGGGAGUCAACGACUUCAGCUGUUGUUAUCUCCCUUGUCGGUAUAUUUAUAGCUGAUUUUGCUCUCUCUUAUAUCUUCUUCCAAGGAGCCGGAGAUUCCUUAAAGAAUUGUGUUUAAUGAGUCAUAUCCUACUUCUGGUCAAUUUCUGAUAUUUAAUUAGAACCUUUGCUAUUGGUACUGAAGAUAGCAGCACUUAUGAAACACAGUCAACCAUGAGUUUAAGUAAUAUAGCUGCUAGCAUAUAGAUUUGACAUUUCCCCCACUUUCGGGAUGGGGCAAGGCAUGUCAAUGGAGUGAUUCAGAACUGUAGCUGCAGUAUAAACUCAUUUUAUGUAUAAAAUUAAAAAUACAGGGAUUCAUUGUGGUUGUGGAAUUGUUCUGUGCAAAAAUUGAGAUAAUAAGGUUUUCCUCCAUGUUAUACUUGUCAU